GCAUUCUCUCUAUCAUCUACACAAGGACAAGAACAGAAAAUGGAAUCACCUACUUCACUCACUCUUCUCAUUCACACGUUAACCAUCUCUGUGUCACAGUGAAGAGAGAAACAGCGAAAAAUGCUUCGGUUAACAUCACCAUUUUCUCUUUCUUUCUCUUCAAUUUCCAACCCCAAUCUCCCUUCAUCCUUCCCUCGCCCUUCACUUUACCUUCCUAAUUCUACUUCCCAAACAUCUUCACUUCGCAUCAACACCCUGCCGCCUCUUUCUUCCUCAAUUUCAUCCUCCGUCAACCAAACCACUCCCAUUUCCCAGAUGGAAGAUAGUUUGUUGCUGUACUCAAGAGCUUAUUGGGUUAGUGAAUCUGUUAUUGCUUGGAACAUUGAUGUUCAAAACGGGGUUUGUUACUUGCUUUCCAGUAAAAAUGCUUCAUUGAGCAUUUCAAAUUCUCAAAUUCAAGGUGAGGAUUUGAAAAUUAAGCUUCAAGAGGAUAAGGCUGGCCUUUCUGCAAAUGUGGUAGAGAAGUUUCCACAUAUUCGAGGUUACAGAACUUUCAAUUUGCCAUCUGGUUUGGAUGUUAAAUCGCUUCUUAAAUCCCAGUUGGCGGUUGCUAUUUAUGAUUCUGAUGAGAAAUGCAGGAAUUGUACUGGUUUACAAUUACCUGGUGUUUUAGAUGAGCUAUUCUCAUAUAAUGGCCCCCUUGGUGCACUUUUCUCAGAGGAAGCCGUGUCACUAUACUUGUGGGCACCUACUGCUCAAUCGGUGUGUGCUUACAUCUAUAAGCACCCAUCAGGAGAUGAUCCCAUAGAAAUUGUUCCCCUUGAGGAGGAACAUGGUGUUUGGAGAACUAAAGGGCCAACGAGUUGGGAGGGUUGUUACUAUGUUUAUGAAGUAUGUGUAUACCACCCUAGCACUUCACGGGUUGAAAAAUGCUAUGCAAAUGAUCCAUAUGCCAGAGGACUUUCAUCAGAUGGCAGGAGGACUUUUCUGCUUAAUCUUGACUCAGAUGAGUUAAAACCUGAUGGAUGGGAUAAUCUGGCAAAUGAGAAACCCAUUUUACAUUCUUUCUCUGAUAUAAGCAUAUAUGAACUGCAUAUUAGGGAUUUCAGUGCCAAUGACCUCUCUGUGCUACCUGAAUUUCGUGGAGGUUAUCUGGCCUUUACUUUGCCGGAUUCAACAGGUGUACUUCAUCUAAAGAAAUUAUCUAGUGCUGGUAUCACCCAUGUCCAUCUAUUGCCAACAUUUCAUUUUGCUGGGGUUGAUGAUCAAAAGGAGAACUGGAGAAAUGUUGAUACGUCGAUUUUGGAAAGCUUCCCACCUGAUUCAGAUCAGCAACAAGCACUUAUUACAGCUGUUCAAAAUUUUGAUGGAUAUAAUUGGGGGUACAACCCUGUUCUUUGGGGUGUCCCUAAAGGAAGCUAUGCAAGUAUUCCAAAUGGUCCAAACCGUACAAUUGAGUUCCGUAAGAUGGUUCAGGCUCUUAAUCAUAUCGGCCUUCGCGUUGUAUUGGAUACUGUCUACAACCAUUUGCAAGGAAAUGGGCCCUUUGAUGAACAUUCUGUCCUUGAUAAGAUUGUUCCAGGUUAUUAUCUAAGAAGGAACACUGAUGGUUUCAUUGAGAACAGUACUUGUAUGAAUAAUACUGCGAGUGAGCACUUUAUGGUUGAGCGUUUGAUCCUCGACGAUCUUGUACACUGGGCAGUCAAUUACAAGAUUGAUGGGUUCAGAUUUGACCUUAUGGGUCAUAUAAUGAAGAGCACUAUGCUGAACGCGAAAAAUGCUCUCCAUCGUUUAGCAAAAGAAAAAGACGGAGUUGAUGGUUCUAACAUCUACAUAUAUGGUGAAGGAUGGGAUUUUGGCGAAGUUGCAAAAAAUGGGCGUGGGAUAAAUGCUUCUCAAUUCAAUCUUUCUGGAACACAAAUUGGGAGCUUUAAUGAUCGAAUUCGUGAUUCCAUGCUUGGUGGAUCUCCAUUUGGCAACAUUCUUCAACAAGGUUUUGUGACUGGCCUACUUUUGCAGCCUAAUGGCCAUGAUCACGGAACAGAAGCUAAUAUGAAAUCCAUGCUUGCUGCAUCAAUGGAUCAGAUCCAGAUUGGAAUGGCUGGAAACUUGCAAGAGUUUGUGCUAACCAACUCCAAAGGAGAAGAGGUGAAAGGGUCAGAAGUAUUAACAUAUGGUGGGACACCCGUUGCUUUUGCCUCAUCCCCCAUAGAGACGGUCAAUUAUGUUUCUGCUCAUGAUAAUGAAACCCUCUUUGACAUUGUGAGCAUAAAGACUCCGAUGGAUAUCGGUGUAGCUGAGAGAUGCAGGAUAAACUAUUUGGCAACAAGUGUUAUAGCAUUAUCACAGGGCAUACCGUUUUUUCACUCUGGUGAUGAGAUACUCCGCUCAAAGUCACUGGAUCGAGAUUCAUACAAUUCUGGUGAUUGGUUCAACAGGCUUGAUUUCACAUACAAUUCCAAUAACUGGGGCGUUGGUCUUCCUCCACGGGAGAAAAACGAAAAAAGCUGGUCAUUAAUCCAACCAAGACUGGCAGACCCAUCCUUCAGGCCUCAAAGGAUAGACAUCCUCGCUACCAUGGACAAUUUCUUAAACCUAUUGCGUAUAAGGUAUUCUUCACCACUUUUCCGCCUGAGGACAGCAAAUGCUAUACAGCAACGGGUACGCUUUCACAACACUGGACCAUCAUUGGCUUAUGGAGUCAUAGUGAUGAGCAUUGAAGAUGGCCAUGAUGGUUUUCCUGGGCUGUCUCAGCUGGAUCCCACAUAUUCAUUCAUUGUUGUCAUUGUCAACGCGAGUCCACAAGAAGUAUCAUUUGUUAGCCCUUCCAUGCAAUCAAGAAGUCUUCAGUUGCACCCCAUUCAGGAAAUGUCAUCUGAUGACCUUGUCAAGAGCUCAAAAUAUGAAGCUGCUUCUGGCUGCUUUUCUGUGCCUCGAAGGACGACAGCUGUAUUCGUGGAGCCAAGGAAAAUCUGAUGUGAGUGCUUCUUUCGGAUGUGGACGUUAAGCCAAUUAUGUAAUAAUUGAGGACUAUACUACCAUACUAGUGAUUAUGAUGCCGGUUUUGGUUCAUCAGGAUAGUUCUUUUGCAACCUUCACAAGGUACAGAUGGAACUACAAAUAAGAAAAAUAAGAAAAUUGUCUUUUCAAAAUUCGGACAUAUGUUUGCUUUAAAAGGUUUCACAGUUAUGCACUACUUGUGGCAUAAUUUCACACAGAUUUUUCAUAAUUCUUUCUUCUAGUACAAGUACAAAUAAGCUACCGGAUUUGAGUCUAACGUAUAGACUAGAUUUCUACUAUAUGGGGAACCCGGUUCAAAUUUCGAUUGGAAGAAGCACCACUUUUAUUGUCUGACAUACUUCAAAUAGGAUGAUUAUGGUCUUCAUUGCUUCGGGUAAAUUCGAACCAAAUCGGAAUUCGAACCAAAUUAUAGACUUAUAGUGUUUGGGUUAGAUAUUUUUUCAAUUCGGGUAAGAAUCGAACCAAACCAAUGAAAUUCAAUGUCAAUUGGUUCGGGCAUCAGAUUUUUAAUUUUCUACCUUAAACUCAAUCCAAACCAACCAUAAUUAAUUAUGGUGAAAAUUAUUACAAAACAUUCAACUUCAAUAAGAAAAAAGUGAAAUCUCGUAUAUGGACUAGUUAUGUUAUUUUAA